AUGGACAAGCGCGGUCCAGCCAAUGACAACAACGCACGCGAUGUCGGCGACUUCACCGCCGCGCUGGAGUUUGACUUGCUCAAAGCGCAGUUGACCAAUUCCUCUCAAGUCAAUUACCCGGAAGACUCUUUUCUACAAGACUUACAAAAUCUGGAUGCAGUUGAGUUGCUGCGCAAUGCAGGACUUUCAUCUCACCAGCAAGAUGAAGCUCUCUUCGAUCCCGCCGUGACCGGAGGGUCCGGCCUCGCCAACACCCAAACGGCGAUGCCAAGCACAAGCACAACUUUCGACGACGCAGAAAUGUUCAUGUUUUCGGAGGCAAUUGGUGACGGGCAGUCUACGAGGCACUUGCUCGACACCGGAACAACAACACUUAGUGUAGACGGGAACCCAGCUUCAGAGAUGACCACGCCGCCCAAAAUCGGGACUCGGUUCUCUUCAAAGUCUCUCCGAAUUCUCAAAGCAUGGCUCUCGAAUAAUAACCACCACCCCUACCCUUCAACCGCCGAUAUGGAGAUGCUAGAGCGGCAGACUGGUCUCAGCAGACAACAGAUCACCAAUUGGCUCGCCAACACUCGGAGACGCAACCGAUUCAAGGUUCCUCCCAAACGGCCCCCAUCCCCCGCCAUCACUUCAGCCACCUCAAAGCCCAUCAACAUUGGUGGAAGCAGUGUUCCUCAAGGAUUCGACGAGAUGAACCCUCUUCAGCGAUGGCAAGUGUCGCCGCCUGAGCACGAGCCUGCAUUGGCAUCUGCCAUUGCGCAUGCUGUGUACGACUUACCACCUGGAUCCGAUACCCCGGCAGAUCGAUCUUUGACCGACAGCGCUCCUACGAGGUCUCUCUAUAAUGCGUCUUCUGCAAGCAGCGCAGGGACGUCGCAUUCGAGCAGGAGCUCAGUCAACUCAGCAUACUCUCACAACUCUCGAGCAUCAUUGCGUUCAGAUCCACUGGCAAAAGCUGCAAUCAAGCGAAGGAGGCGACGAGGUGCUGCAGCGCGACCAGAACGGAAAGGUCCAAGCAACCUCUGGCAGACUAUGAACAUGUAUCAAUGCACGUUCUGUACCGAGACGUUCAAGACAAAGCACAAUUGGCAACGUCACGAGAAGUCUCUGCACUUGUCUCUGGAGCGGUGGGAAUGUUCGCCAACAGGGCCAACUGUCGCCGAUGCCAGUGGUCAGCUCGUUUGCGUCUUCUGUGGUGAUGCCAACCCGGACAAAGAUCACCUAGAGAAGCACAACUACUCAGUCUGCAAAGAGCGACUACCAGAAGAUCGAACCUUCUACCGGAAGGAUCAUCUACAGCAGCACCUCAAACUGGUGCACGAUGCCAAGUUCCUGCGAUGGCCCAUGGGGGAUUGGAAGCACGAGAAUGAGAUGAUAAGAUCUCGCUGCGGUUUCUGUGCUUUGGUGAUGGGAUCAUGGAUUGACAGAAUCGAUCACAUCGCCGAGCACUUCAAGGAUGGAAAGACGAUGGAGGAGUGGCAUGGAGACUGGGGCUUUGAUGACCAUAUUCUCAAGAUGGUUGAGAACUCAAUGGCGCCUUAUAUGAUUCAUAUGGAGCGGUAUUCACCAUGGCCCUUCACUACCAAACAAGGCGUUCCAGAGACGCCACCCAGCGCUUUUGAGUUGAUCAAGACGGAAAUCAACCACUUCGCGACAGACUACCAAAACACGAAUGGCCGAAUGCCUACAAAUGCCGAGCUUCUAUACGAAAGUUGCUGCAUUAUUUUCGGCUCGGAGCCUACCUCUCUCGCCAAGAAGCCAGUGACUCCAGCAAGCUCUUGGCUGCGAGACUUGCUCAUGUCGUCGGAUAUCAUCGUCAAGCAAGCCCGAGUUCGACCGCUGAAGACAGCCAGGAGGUCUCGCAUCACAUAUCUCUGCAUCAACGGAAAAGCCGACAUCUUUGACCAAUGUGCCUUAGAGGAACAACUCCAAAGCUACGUGGACAUAUCGAAGCUCAUCGAGCCCGAAGUCUCGGACUCGGAUCUUCAGCGCGAGGCGUGCAGCAUUGUCCAGCAAGUUGAUUCUGCAUCAAGUUGCUGGACAAUGCCAUCGUCGCCAAAGCCGUCCGAGACAUUUUCCACAUUCUUAUACGGCCUGAUCAACGAGUCAACGCACUGGCUGGCACCUUUCCGUCAACGGAUGCAGCUUCCGCCUUCAGAGUCUGCUGAUUCCCCUACCUUGGACAUCGGAAACCAGCAUUUCCUGAGCGCUGCCCUUACAGAACCUACUGGCCAGUCCAGCGCCAUGGACACAGGAAGCUCAAGCCCUGAAGCUGACGUCGUCGGUAGCAGCGCAACUGGCAAUACUGCUUCGGGUGCCGAUGCCGACAUGCCGGGACUCAACACACGUACCACAUUCUUUGUGAACGAAGAGAACUGCUAUCGGCGCCUUGCUCUGAGUCUAGUCCGGUUCGUCAAGAUCACGACGUCACCACGAAACCCGAACAGACAUAUUCCCUCAGACGCCGAACUUCAACAUCAAGCGCGGUGGAUCUCAUUUGAAGAUGAUGACCCGUGGAAUCAGACUCCUGCCGAUAACCCAGAUUGGCUCCGCGAGUUCAAGCGCGAAAUGGGUAUCCUGCAAGAAGAUGGCAAUCCGCCAGCCGUAUGA